AACAACAUAAUAUAAAAGAUGGCUGUGAAAAAACGUACCACACUUCGAGACAAGUCUGCUAAGGCAUCUUCUAAACAGAAUUUAUCUAAUAAAAUUUCUGAACUUCAAACAGGUGGAUCAAAUGAUGAAACAUAUCAUGAAAAUCCAUUUUUAAAGCUUUCUAAAAUAUCAAAGAAGGAUAAGCAAACAGAAAAAUCCAAUACUUUUGUUAAAAAAGUUCAAGUUGGUGCCAAUACAACUGGAGGUAUUUCUAAAUCAUCAUUGAGAAGAAGAAAAAGAAAGGAAAAAGAAGAAUUAAAACCUAAAAUGAAUGAACUUCUUACUAGUUUAGAUGAACCUCUGACUAUUACAAAAAUUGUUGAAAGAAAACCUACUGGAUUUGUACAAUCAUCUAAAUUAAAUCUUAAUCAACCAAAUGCUGCUAAACGUACAGGUCAUUCCAAGAUCUUAUCAAAGGAAAAUAAAAACUUUCAAAAAGUUUUACAAAAUCCUCAAUUUAGAACUUCUCCAUUUGCUGCUUUGAAAGAUGCAAUUGCUCAAAAUUUACAAAAGUAA